AACUACAAAACACAUUUGUUGCAUCAAUAUCAUCAUGGAGAUUGGAGAUAUAGGUAAAGUUGCGAACAGAAAAAGAAUGAACGUAGAAGUAGAAAAACUUCGCGAAAAAGUUUCAAGAGAAACGACUAAAAUAAUAAAACUGAAGGUGGCUCAAGACACAGCGUACUGGGAUUUGAAAGAAAAGUUGCAACAAGUUGAAGGCAACCAUGAGCGGCUGCAGCAGAACAUGGUGGAGGUGCAGAUGCAGCACGAGACGAUAUCGGGACAGUAUCAGGAUGAGCUGAGACUGCGUCCCGACACAUUGAACAAGUUAAACUGUACCCGUGACAUUUGUGAAGUGCUGGAAGAUUAUAGCGAGCGUUUGAAAGAUACGCUGUCCAGAUGUAAGGUCGACCAAGCCGCUCUGUGUGAUGCGUACCAGAAGUCCGGUCAACUCGUUCGGGAUAUCAAGCAUAAGCAGAUGCAAGUGGAUGAGAAGAAUCGUCAGGUUAUCGGUGGACUUGAGGAGAAAGUUAAAUUGACGAGCGAUCACCAAAAGCAGCUAUUGCAGCUGUUCUCCGCCACGAAGCAGCAAGCGGACUCGGACAUAUCUGAUCUAAGGAACAAGCUAGAGGCCACCCAGAAGCACAGAGAGGAUCUCAUGACCAACGUCAACGAAUUGAAUAGAAAACUGGAUGUGUGCAACUUUAAUCUCGAAAAGAAGGAUGAGACUAUAUCCAAUCUGCAAAGAGAUAUGAAACAACUGAUUCAAGAGUUUCAUAAUCAGAGCUCUGAAGCAAAAAACGCGUUGAUGAAACAGGAGACUGAUCUUAAGGAAGCUCUAGAAGCAAAUACUUCAUUGAAAAAAGCGCUGAACAAUCAGGAGCAGUUCACUCAGAGUAUGUGCGAGAAGAAUAACUGCUUGCAAGAGAAGCUCAUAUCACUGGAAGAAGACCAGCUCAACACCUCUACUGUCAUUACCGGACUUAAAAUUAAUCUUGAGGAAGCUAAUGCUAUGUUAGAAAAUCUAAACAAAGACAUGGCCGUUUUGAUUGAUGAAAAGGAGGCAUUGAUAAACGAAAAAAACGAUAAAGAACAGGGUUUGAUUCUUUGUCAAGAAGAAAUUGAAAAACUAAAUCAACAGUUCAUAGAAAUUAAUAAAGAAAAAGAUGAAAUUAGAUGUGAUCUAAAUAAUGCCGUUGAAGGGUCGAACAUAAAAUCUAACCGUAUUGAAGAACUUACGGCUAAUAUUCAAAGCUUAAUGAAAAAUAUUGAAGAAAUUGAAAAUACUCACAACAUUUUUAGAGUAUCAUCAGAAGAGAAAGUUAAAGAGUUAACUGCUGUGAUUGAAGCUAGAGACAAAGAGUUGGACUCGAAAGCAUCCACCAUCGCACAGUUGAUGUCAGAACUGAAGACCAGUACUGACGUCAGGUCAAAGCUGGAAACCACCUUACAGAAGGUCAGAAAAGAGAUAGAUGUCGAAAGAGAUAAUGUGAAGGAAAAAGAGCGGAAGUUGAACGGGAAGGUUGAACAGCUGGAAACUGUCGUCAGAGAUAAGGAUGACGAACUUUCAAAACAAAUGUCCAUAAUUUUGGAGAUGAGAAACGAAAAGGAACGUCUCCAAGAAAAAAUCCAGGGUAUGCAGAACACGAUCGAUAACAUUCAAAAGGAGCUGACGGGCCGACCGGUACCAUCUUCGACACGCCUGGAGCCCGAGCUCGACGAUAACGCAGUUAUGCUAACACCUGGAUCCAAGAAGAGUCAGCAGCCAAGCUCGCCUAUCAUCCAGAAGACACAGUUUGCGAUGCCGCGCAAAGAGCCUAAACUGGACAAUAUGCUCUUCAACCUGUUCAGCGAUAGCAGCAUGGAAGGAGACACACUCGAUGCUUCGGAAGUAAAUCGUCGCUUCGCAGCCAUGUCACGGGGUGAGCGCGUAUCACCCAUGGCGCUCGGAGCACUCAAACGGCGCAGUGGCGUGCCAGCACAGCCCUCAUAUAAAUUUAAACCUCCUGCACAAGAUGGCGACCGUUCAAUUUCACUCUCUCAAGUUAAAAAUGAAAUGAAGAAUAAAGAGCGGAGUUUUUUUAAGAAUAAGAGGUCUGAGAAUAAAACCAAAAAAGUUAAAUAAAUUAUUUCCUAGAGUUCCAUAUUACAUUUGAUUGUUUAUCAG